CAGAUAUAAAGCAGCAUAUGCAUUAAAUAUCUGUUAAAUAUUUGCUAAAUAAUCUGUGUGUAUAUAUAAAACGAACAAGUGCAUUAAUAAAGUGACGAUUUAAAUAUAAAUCCAAACAAAACAAAGUUCGUGUGCGGUUUCCUUUUGCCGGACGGAAAAAUCAUAUAACCUACUUUAGAACAAUAGGCUAUGAAAAUGAAGAUACCUCUAACACCCCCCGUAGGCAAUAACAACGGCUAUUACAACAACGGCCUCGACUUCGGCGACCACCACCAGCACCACCAGGCCGUCAACAACCACAUCAAUAACUCUGCCCUGCACCAGCCGCAGCCGCCGCAACUAGACGAGUUGGGCUCGCCGAGGCUCGAUGAAGACUUCUCCGAAUACCUGUGGAUGGAGAACGAGGAAGAGUUCGAUAAACAGGUAAUGCAACAACUAGAAGAGGAGGCUCUUAUGGAACAAUGUAUCGAAGCAAUGUUAGAAGAUGAACGCGAAGCUUUAUCCACCACAGUGAGGGCGACUUGGUCUAAUGGAGUCGAUGCAUCAGAUCUCUGCGACGAAAUGUCGGCCCUGCGCGUCGCCCUCGGCCCCGAGGCGGUCGCCAAUUCGACGCUGAAUCCGCUGGCGGCAGAAUUCGUCCCUGCUCCGUUGGCCUCUGCAGCAGCAGCAGCGGCAGCAGCAGUGAGUAGUGCAUCAUCCACCGCCGCCACAGCAGCAACGGCAGCGUCCAUCGUGACGCCACCGCCGACGGCUCCGCCGGCGCCGCCUGCUGUUACCGCCAAUUCGUAACCGCCACAUAUGAACACUCUCGCUUAAUCGUAGCCUACUUACUAAACGUGAAAGGAUGUUAAGAAUGUUUAAUUAAUUAUUUUACUUAAUUAGUUCUCGAAUAUAUAAAAAUUUAUAAUAUCAUGUACUAAGCAAAAAAAAAUUCAAUACCAUUUUCUAACCACACACACACACAAACAGCGUAGCCGCUGUUUUUUCUCCCGAAGAUAUAAAUAAUAGAAUUUUUUUUUUAUAUUU